GGGGAGGGGGGAAGAGAUAGAGAGGAGGGAGACAGGGAGAGACAAGGAUGGAAGCGCCUUGGAAGAGGUUUUCAACUCAGCUGGAAGAUAACGAUGUCUUCAUGCCCUAAAGCUCAUCCACCCUUCGAGACCAUCUGUAGUAGCUUGACGUGAAUCAAUUGGACCGCCAUGAUGAUGAUGAGGAAAGAGAGGCCAGCAUGGGAAUAGCGACGCAGCCCUCUCAGCUCACCUUCGCCUACCUCAGUCCACCAUCCAAGACCCUCGGGGGAACGCAAGCCGGGCCUAGUUCUCCGGCGUCUAUGUCCCAGGGGUUCCACCAAGGCAUCUUCAGCUUCCCCGAGGGCUUCGACCGCUCCGCGAACCGAGAACAGCAGCAGAACCACCACGUCGCGCAGCAAAGUAGGAGGGACAAGCUACGGGUGCAAGGCUUUGAUGCCGCCGGACACCCGCUAGUCCCGAUCGACGAGCACGGCGAGGAGGCAAGCAUAUACGGGUCCACCGCUGUCGGUGCCGGCAACAUGUUGUCGGAUAUGUUCAGUUUCCCGGCGGCCGGACUGACGGCGGUCGACCUGCACGCUAACCAGAUCUCAGGUGGCUUUCAUCUACCGCCGAGGCCAGCGGCCACGGCAGGAGGCUUCACCGGGGACUGGUACGGUCCAACCCGACAAGGCAACCAGCAGCAGCAUUCGGUGACAGCUUUGAACGCCGACUCUGCUGCCGCGAUGCAGCUUUUUCUCAUGAACCCUCUGUUGCAGCCGCCGCCGCCACAGCAGCAGCGGCAGAAUUCUCCGUCUCCGCCUCCACCAGCUCACCAACAAGCCUUCCAAUCCUUUGGAGACGCUCCCUUUGGCGGAAGAGUGGCAGAAGGCCAAGGACUCUCGUUGUCGCUCUCUUCAUCCCUGCAACAGUUGGAGAUGGCCAAAGCGGACGAGCUAAGGUUUAGAGAAGGGGUGCUGUACUUCAAUAACCAGCAGCAACAGCACUCCACGUUACAUUUGCAAGGCCAGGUUCCUGGACACGGUCAGCAAUCGCACAUGGGCUACGGCAGCAUGGGACUGGUGAACGUGUUGAGGAACUCCAAGUACGCAAAGCCGGGGCAGGAGCUCCUGGAGGAGUUCUGCAGCGUGGGGAAGGGACAGCUAAAAGGAAGUAAAGCAGGGAGGCACCGUGGUGGCUCAUCCAACCCUAACUGCAACCCUACCGGUGGCGGUGGCAGCGGAGGCGCUUCCAGUUCGGCCGCUGCAUCUUCAUCCUCCAAAGAUGUUCCUCCCUUGGCUCCUGCUGACAGAUUUGAGCACCAGAGAAAGAAGGCCAAGCUCAUCUCCAUGCUCGACGAGGCAUGUAUUAGUCUAUAUAUUUCCGUGCUUUCUUUACUUCACUUAAUUACAGGAAUCACUCAUGUCUCCUCCUUUACAUAUACAUUUCUUUCGGUCCUUAGCAGCCCACUAAAGUGGCCGAGAUGAUUCUCAGGUCAAUUUUGACAAGAUUUAUUUCUCCUA